CUCGCAGUGCAAACACUCGGAAACAGCUUGCAGCCUAUCCCACGCACCACGGUCGCGGUACCUGCCCUUCAACUGGGAUCGUUUAUACCUUCAAGAUGGUCGCCAAAACAAUCUACGACGCCUUCUUCCGAAGGAACUCUGUCAUGCUUGGCGUCGUCUUCGCCGGUGCUUUCGCUUUUGAGCUCGGCUAUGACAACAUGAUGAACAGGGUCUGGGACAACAUCAACCGCGGGCGCCAAUGGAAGGACAUUCGACACAAGUACGUUCAGGGUGGGGAUGAUGAGGAAUAAGCAGACUUGGGCGAUACCACAAAGCGGCGAGUAAACUGGGUUGAAGAGCGAGGUCUGGAUGCUUCGACCGUGUACAUUUCGUUGUACGGAGGAGGGCUUGGUAGAGAAUAGAUCAUCGGUCGGAGACAUUAUCUGCUUACAGCAAUUCGAAGGGUUCAUUGACAGAACGGCUCCGACCUUUACUCUUCGGGCCAUGAACUGCCACAAUCUUUGGGAUGGUACCUUAUGCAGUGCAGUGCCUUGCUAGUUCUACAACUUACCUGAAUACUUACGGUGCUAGGAC